UUUCUUUUCCUUUUUUGACAGCGCAAUACGCGGAAUAAAAUCUCAAGAAGAACAGACAUCCGACUGGGCCCCUAGACCCCAGCCGACGAGUCCACCGACACACAGAGUGGGGACGGCACCACAAGCAUUGACAAACUCGUCUUGCUGCAGGGACGGCGUCAACGGACGAUGGUUGGGUGGAUGAUGAUGAGGAUGAUGGUGUUGGAAGAGCGGGCAUGACCACCAAAAAGGUGGAGGAAUCAGAGCCAAGACUCGAUGGCUGCACUGGACACCCCUUCCUCUCCCCUCCACCUUCCCGACCGACAAAUGUGGUAAACCGGAUGAUUGUUGAGAUGACGAGAUGGUGUUCAAUGCCCCUGGCAGCAUGACAAGGGUGUUCGAGUGGACGACCUGCAGCAUUGGGCUGCCAUACCUCCCCACAAACAAGCUUGCCGUCCGGGCUAUAGAGAGGUCCCCACAAAAAAGUGACAAGACAAUCACCCCCCCGGUCGAAAAAUCUUAGCCUGUGGAGCGGGUGCGCAUGUGAAGAUGUUGUUGCUGCAGUGCAUGGGUGGUUCUCCCGUCCGAUGUCAACAUACUGUGCAGCAACUAGAUGCUAACACUGUAGCGGGUCCUAGUCCUGGACGGGUACCAUCGAUGCCCCAUUCAGAAUAGGCAGGCCUGCAUGCCAGAGAGUCUCGACACAACGUAGC